ACAAAUUUCCAAAGUGCGCUUAUGUUUGGUUGGCCAUCCACUUUCCUGGGAAAGUUAUGUAUAAUUCCUAUUAUGCCCUUAAUAAAAAUUAGGUCUUAAAUGCAUCUUUAAUUCUUCUUUAAUGCUAAAGGGCUUUUUUGGAAAAAAAUAAAAAUAAAGUGAUUUUCACCUCAAUAAAGUGAAAAACACAUAAUAUGAGCCCAUAUAAUGGUGAGCUACCCCACAAUAUAUAACCAUGUCUUGCCAAUUACUACAUGCAGGAGGCUAAGCCGACUAGCUUGCUUUAGGAGUGGCAAUCAGGUUGAGUCGAAUUUAUGAUAUAUCAAACAUUUGUUAAUCCAAACCUAGCAUAUUUACUAGAUGGGUCAAAAAUCUAGACGCGAACUAACCAUUUUAUUAAGUAGAUAAUCUAACCCGUUCUGUAAUGAGUUGAAACAAUUUAAACAAGUUAAAUAGUUAAGCAUUGUCAACCCUAGCAUUUAAACAAGUUAAAUAGUUGAAACAAUUUAAACAAGUUAAGGAGUGGCCCUACUUACUUGAAUUGUGACCCAAUCAGCGCAUUUGACAUGAUUCCAAGAUCGGCGGAACCCGUAGUGGGCACCGUACCGAUUUUUUGGGGCACGAGUCGGUACCGAUUGUAUCAGACAUAGUACCAUGGGAGAGAGGAAAGAGAGAGAGAAAAUGGGGAGAGGGAAGGAGGCCAGUAGAGGGUGGCGGAGGUACGACGGAGGCCGGCGGGCGGCAAGGCCACGACAAGUUCCCCUAUUUUGAACGAAAUAGGGGUCCCUCUCCCUCUCCCUCCCUUGCUCGCUCUAUCUUUCCUUCUUCGGCCUCGGCAAUGGGUUUUGUUUCCGUUGCUGGAACUGUACCAGUGAGCCACCAGUUCGGCUUGGAACGGCCAUAACUGCCUGAUUUGAGAUGGUUUUGCUGACCCUUCAUGAAUCUAAGCUUAAACCUUCCUACCAUAGCUAUGAAUGGCUCAAAUUAUAUGCCAUAUCGGACAACUAAGUUUAUAAUCUAUAUCACUAAGAGCCAUGCAUGGCUUAAAUUGUAUGCCAUAUCAAACAACUAAAUCAGUGAUCUAUACCACUGAGUGCUUGCUUGGAUGGUAUUGCUCCUUACCAUCUAGGAAGAGAGCAAAGCGGUAAGCAAAUGGUGCUUGAAUUUCAAGUGUUGUUCGUGCUUCUGGAGUGGUUAAUAUGAGCUCUUGUAAUUGCGAGGGAGAAAGAGAGAGAGAUGCUUGAUCUAUGCCUUGCUUCAUUAGCUCAUCUUUCUAUACAUAAAUGUGUUAUUUUAAUCUUGAUAGUUGCUACAACUUUAUGAGCUGAUGCAUUAAAAACCGAGGGCUCUCCUAACUUGUUAAGUUAUGUCCUUGAACCAUUUCAAGGCAUGUGUUUUAAGUAAUGGCUUUAAAUGACAUUGUUUGUGAAUAAAAAAAAGCGAUGCAAAUCCCAAAAACAUAAGUGGGUGUAUCAAUUUGGGUGCAUGAUCAUCUUAAAUGCUUGUAAGACACAAAAAAGAUGAUUAAUUGUUGAUGAUUCUUUUUCAUUUUUUAGAGUUUGGAUAUUUGGAUUUGGUGUGACGCCAAGCCUCAUUGUGCCGGCCUAUUGGCCUAGCCCAGCAUUCGAAUGUCAUCCAAAGGCCCUUCCGAACCAAAACCAAGGCAGAGCCCUAGUUAAGCACGGCAGAGGAGGAUGAAUCCUCCUCGGACUCUGUCGGAGACUAGGAAACCCUAGUUUUUGCUCCAUAUAAGCUUCUUCCCAUCCCUCACACUGGAAAGCCAUCCCCAAUCAAAGUUUAAUCACCGAAAUCCUCUUCGAUUCUUCUCGAUCGUCGAUCGUGUCAGCGCUGCUGCCACUGUGGGCCACCAUUGCUUGAAGCUAGGCAAGAAACCGACAACUUUAGAUUGACCUUCUCCUUCUUCCGUGGCCCUUGGAAGCUCUGAUUUCGGUCGGUGAUCACCGGAUUUUCUGUCAAGAAUGGGUGCUCUGUUUUAUUUUGUUUUUCUUUGGAUUUUCUCGAUUUCAUUCCUUUUUUUUUUGCCGGUGAUGCUGCUAGAUCUUGUCACCAAGGCCUUCGCUUGGUUCCUCACGAUGCUUUGCAGCCUCGGUUACAUGAUGUAAGGGGUAGAGAUCUCUAUUUUUGGUUGGGUUUUCACCAUCGGCCGCCUGCUAGCAUUGGCUGUCGACCAUCUGUUGGUUGCCCGUCGUUCUCUAGGCCUUCCAUCUUCCACCAGCAGCCAAUCUUCUUCCUUGGUUAGAGAGAAACUUUCUUUCUCUUUUCCGUCUCUUCCCCAUACUUUCUCUCUUAUUUCUUUUUACAAAGUUUCUCUCUCUACAUGGACUUUCUCUCUACUCUCUUUAGGAGAGUUGGAUUCAGUAGGAACUCUUCACAGUGGAUUGACCUUAGUGAAGGGCUCUCAUCCAUGUUUGGCGGGUAGCACACUAGCUCCUACCUUGGCUCUUCUCUGACAUUGUUAGAUUUGAUUAACCCUUCUUCUCGAUCUCUGUUGAAUUAUUUGUGCUUUAGUCCGUGCAUGAUUCGAUGAAUUUCACUUUUUGAUCGGACCAACGGGGUAUCGGGCACUCCCGCUUGGUCAGCCUUAUGAGGGUGUUGGAAUUUAAGAUUUUUAUUUUUUUAAAAAUAAUUAUAAAUUUUUUUAAUGAAAAAUAUAAUUUUUGGAUAUUAGGCUUUGAAAAAGAUUUUCAAGAUUAAUUAGAUCUGUUGGUUGGAUUGAAUUCGUAAGAUAAGUAAUGUAUCACUUUUUUCUAAAUUUAUUAGCAAUCAUUGAAUUAUUAUAUUUAUGACUUUUGAGUGGUAUUAUUCAUUAUGCACGAAUUUGAUGGAUAAUAUAUUAUUAUAAAAAAAUAUUAUUUUAAAAUAUUAUGACGAUAUAUCAUCUUAUUAUGGAUAUGAUUGAUUGAUUUUGACACCGCAUGAUUUUAGAACUCUAAAAUAUGAAACCUACAACUAUUUGAAUAUCGACUUGGCAAUGUUGUACACGCCAAUGGGGGCUAAUACGCUGGCAUAUGAUUUGUCCUGAAGGUUGUGUCCAAGAUGAUUAGCGAAAUACCGCUAGCAGACCAGAGGUCCUGAAGGACUUUGCUGCAAGAUGAUGCACAUCUUACCACAGGAAGAUUAGUCGGUGUUAGAACCUUGCCAUAGGAUGAUGUGUCAUAGCUCGGGAUCAAUAAGAUGAAUUAAAUAUUUGAAAGAAUUUGAAUCUAUGAACAAAAUUUAAUAUUUUAAGAAAGAUUUGAUUCAUAUAUUAUUACUAGAUAUAUGCUUAUUUUUUGUUAUUAUCUAUUUGACUGGCUGAUUUUGUUUAGUUAAAGUGAUUAUUGCUUACUGGGUUGUCUAGCUCAUUAUAUAAUUUUUUGUUUUUGUACAGAUUCAGAAAACUAGCUUGAUCGGGAUUUUCAAUAUGGGAGAGCGACUAGCAGAACUUUGGCAAAGAUCAUCUUAGAAUAGAGUUCAUUUAAAUUGAUGUACUACCCUAGAAUAUUGUUAAAUGACAAUGGUGGGCCAUUUUCACUCACUUCAGAUACUGAGGAGUUUGUUACUUACCCUUCCCCAUUUAUCUUCUCACCUCUCAUCUCCACUUAGUAGUUAUAUUGCUCCUUAUUACAAGAGCUCUGGUCUCUUGGAACCAUGUAAGCAUUCAUUGGUCAGAAGGAAUUUUAUACAUGGCUUUGCAAGGCCUGCCUUAUUGCAUGGACAACUGAAGCCUAAGACUUCUUUAGGAUCCAUAAGUAGUUCUGAUGUUUUAUGCAAGGUUCAUAGUAAAAGACCUAUCCAUGGGCUUCUUGCCAGUAUGGAACAAUUCAGUCUUACUGGUUGUUGUAGUAUUCAUACAAGUCAGCCUGUUGACAACACGGGCCAGGAUGUGGUGGAGCCUCAACAUAAUGCAGGAGAUGUGGUCUCUGUUGAUGAUAAUGGUAAAGCCAAAGCAAAGAGAAAAAAGUUGAAAGGAAAAAGAGCAGUAGUAAGGUGGUUGAAGUUCUUCAGGUGGAAGAAAAAAAAGGAGUAUGAAAGAAUGACUGUGGAAGAGAAGAUUUUAUACAAAUUAAGGAAGGCUCGUAGGAAGGAAGAGCGAUUUGUCCAGGCACUAAAGAAACUUGAACCAUCAGAGACAUCAGAAACUACACACGACCCGGAGGUACUUACACCUGAAGAGCAUUUUUACUUCCUCAAGAUGGGCCACAAAUGCAAGAACUAUGUGCCUGUUGGAAGGCGUGGUAUUUUCCAGGGAGUAAUUCUGAAUAUGCAUUUGCACUGGAAGAAACAUCAAACAUUGAAGGUUGUGGUGAAGACAUUUACACCGGAGGAGGUUCGCGAGAUUGCAGCGGAGUUAGCUAGAUUAAGUGGAGGAAUUGUGCUUGAUAUCCAUGAAGGAAAUACCAUCAUCAUGUACAGGGGGAAAAAUUAUGCACAGCCACCAACAGAGAUAAUGUCUCCAAGAGUUACUCUUUCUAAAAAGAAGGCUCUGGAUAAAUCCAAGUACAGAGAUGCCCUCCGGGCUGUCAGAAGGUACAUCCCAAAGCUUCAACAAGACCUCGAAGAUAUUCAAGUGCAGAUGCAAAGAGAGGGAGAAAAUAAGGGCAAGCUAUCAAUCAAUAAAGAAAGUCCAGAUGCUGAAGGUAAUGGAGCAAUUUCCGACCACCAGCUGGAAAGAUUUGAGGAGCUCGAGGUGCAAGAAGAUGGAAGCAAUGAGCUGGAGGAAGAUGAAUCACUGAUGGAGUCGAGCACUUGGUCAGAUUCGGAAGAUUUGUCAGAUAUAUUUGAAACAGAUUCUGAAGGUGAGACAGAGGAUAAAUUGGAGAAGCCUCUAUAUUUAGAUGCAGUGGAAAGGUUUCCAUCGGUAAAUGGUGGGACGCCAGAUGAUUUUGAGGAGCACUUGCGUCAGAUUGCUGCUGCAUCGAAGAUCGGUGAUUCAUUGGAAAAGGAUGUAAAACUAGAAGAGCUUGAUGAGAUUGACAAAAUAUUUUUAAGAGCUAGCUCUCUUUUGAAGCGAAGGAGAAGAUAAUUUAAAUUGUGAUGAUUAUUUGAUUAUUGUUGCAAAUUGGAGUGAUUGUUCCAUUUGCUCUUUUUGGAGGUUCCAUGAAGCCCCAUAUUCUUCCUGUUCUUCUGUAUAUUUCAUAAUAUUAUAGUUUUAUGUAUUUGAAAGAACGAUGUGAUUAUCCCUAAACUGAUACCAUAUGCAAGCAGUCAUCUCUAAGAAGGGAGCAGAUCCAUCAAAUGAGACAUUCUCUGGUAUUUAUCUGGACAGAAAAGGAAAUAAAGAAAUCUAGAAUUAACGAAAGCUA